AACAAUCAUAGCCACAGUCACACCAGUUGUAUCUUUGGAGGCUUACUAUGCUCCAGGAGCCAUGCUAAGCCCUUUGUAUGGUCGUUUGGUCCUGACAACCGCCUCUGUGAUAAGUGCUGUGUUGUACUCUUUCCACCUAAAAAGAAAAGGCAAAAGGGGAGUAGAGUAACUUGCCCAGGAUCACAGAGUUAUUGUGUGAUUCAGAACUGCUUAGCCAUAAGACAGCUGUGGAACCAGUGAUGUUAACUUGGUCAGAUUUGUGAUGUGUAUGGAAUAAUUUGUAAGGAAGAUUCAAAAGCACGGUGACCACUUCACAAAGAAGAAUCCCACUGGUUCCGUGACAUGGGCUUCAUCAAGGAAAGCCAUCAUUAAAGAGGGAUCCAAUUCAAGUAAUGCUUAAGAUAGAAAAAUCUUGGCUGGGUGUGGUGGCUCACGCCUGUAAUCCCAGCACUUUGCGAGGCUGAGGUGGUUGGAUCACUUGAGGUCAGGAGUUCAAGAUCAGCCUAGCCAACAUGGUGAAACCCUGUCUCUGCUAAAAAUAGAAAAAUUAGCUGGGUUUUGUGGUGCAUGCCUAUAGUCCCAGCUACUCAGGAGGCUGAGGCAGGAGAAUUGCUUGAGCCCGGGAGGCAGAGGGUGCAGUGAGCCGAGAUCACGCCACCGCGCUUCAGCCUGGGUGACAGAGCGAGACUCCAACUCAAAGAAAAAAAAAAAUCUUUCGGACAUAGAGACUCAAAGGAUUUGUGGUGAUAGGGAAGGUGGGAAGUCAAGAACAAUCCCCAGGUUUCUGGCUGAGGUUUCUUGUGAGGAUGAUUCUGACCCCAGCUGAGGUGUAAGUUCAGAAGGAAGUGCCAACUUACCAGGGUGGUGGUGGCGGCACACAGUGAAGACAUUAUAUUUUGUGCAGAGAAGUUACUUGUUGAAGGUCACACAAAGAAGACUCACAGAAACACCUAGAGGUUGGACUAGAAUUGCUGAUGGGUGGAGGUCAGUAAACUCCAGGAAGACACAUCCUGGCAGAGAGGAGUUGAGCAGCAGAUCCCUGCCAGUGAGCCCCCAUGGUUGUUAGAGCAGGCUGAGGUGGGCAGAGGGUGAGCCUCCCAGAGGCUGCAGCUGCCCAGGAGGGGUGGUUGGGCCUGGGAGUGACAUGAAGCGUCCCUGAGUGGUGGAGCUUGUGCCAGCCACAUAGCUUAGUGAUGCAAAGGGGAGAGUAGCCGGCCAGUGGGAAGGCUGGUCUCCCUGCUUUCCCAAAUGUUCUUGGAGAAACAGUGAAGCUUUCGGAGAAGUUGGAAAGGAUGAGACUUGAAUGGGAGAGGGUAAGGAAAAUUCUGGCUUUCCAGGAAGACCCCGCAGCCUGGGCAGCAUGGAGCAUCCUUGGCUGGAGGUGCUCAAGCAGAGGCUGCACAGCCCCUUGUUGGGGGGUCUGUGAAGGGAAUCUGGUGGGGCUGGAUGAGACAGAAGCCGUGGAUGAUCUUUGGGGGUGGCUUGAGCUGUGAGGAUGAGGGCGAUGGGUGGGGAGCAGAACAGGGCUGAGGUUAGGCGCAGGGGAGUGGUGUGGGACCUGCUGGUGGACCAGCCCCAAGUUUGCUGGGAGGGAGCAGCUUAUCUAAGAGUGGAGUUGGCUUUAGAGAAUUUGCUUAUGGAAAUUUGUUUUCUUUCAGCCUGUCUUAUGUGACCUCUUAUUUGUGUGAAAAAUGGCAUGAGGUUUCCCUGCUGUGGGAGAAGAAGUCGGUGACCUUUGAGGACGUGGCUGUGUACUUCACCCAGGCGGAAUGGGACGGCCUGUCCCCUGCACAGAGGGCCCUGUACAGGGAUGUGAUGCUGGAGAAUUAUGGGAAUGUGGCCUCCCUGGGAUUUCCACUUCUCAAACCUGCUGUGAUCUCACAACUGGAGGGAGGAGGUGAGCUGGGGGGCCCAUCUCCACUGGCUGCAGGAACAGGCCUCCAGGGCCUCCAGACUGGUAAGGGAGUAGAUAUUCAGACUGACAAUGAUUUGACAAAGGAAAUGUAUGAAGGAAAAGAGAAUGUAUCAUUUGAACUUCAAAGAGACUUUUCCCAGGAAACAGACUUUUCAGAAGCCUCUCUUCUAGAGAAACAACAGGAAGUCCACUCAGCAGGAAAUAUAAAGAAGGAGAAGAGCAACACCAUUGAUGGAACAGUGAAAGAUGAGACAAGCCCCGUGGAGGAGUGUUUUUUUAGUCAAAGUUCAAACUCAUAUCAGUGUCAUACCAUCACUGGAGAGCAGCCCUCUGGGUGUACAGGAUUGGGGAAAUCCAUCAGCUUUGAUACAAAACUCGUGAAGCAUGAAAUAAUUAAUUCUGAGGAAAGACCUUUCAAAUGUGAAGAAUUAGUAGAGCCCUUUAGGUGUGACUCUCAACUUAUUCAGCAUCAAGAAAACAACACUGAGGAAAAGCCUUAUCAGUGUUCAGAGUGUGGCAAAGCUUUCAGCAUUAAUGAGAAAUUAAUUUGGCAUCAGAGACUUCACAGUGGGGAGAAACCCUUCAAAUGUGUGCAGUGUGGGAAAAGCUUCAGCUACAGUUCCCAUUAUAUCACACAUCAGACAAUCCACAGUGGGGAGAAGCCCUAUCAGUGUAAGGUGUGUGGGAAGGCCUUCAGUGUUAAUGGAAGCCUAAGUAGGCAUCAGAGAAUCCAUACGGGAGAGAAGCCCUAUCAGUGCAAGGAAUGUGGAAAUGGCUUCAGCUGUAGUUCUGCAUAUAUUACACAUCAGAGAGUCCACACUGGAGAGAAACCUUACGAGUGUAAUGACUGUGGGAAAGCGUUCAAUGUUAAUGCAAAAUUAAUUCAACAUCAGAGAAUCCACACUGGAGAGAAACCUUAUGGAUGUAAUGAAUGUGGAAAAGGCUUCAGGUGCAGCUCCCAGCUUAGGCAGCAUCAGAGCAUCCACACAGGAGAAAAGCCCUAUCAGUGUGAAGAGUGUGGAAAAGGCUUCAAUAAUAAUACAAAACUCAUUCAGCAUCAGAGAAUCCACACAGGUGAGAAACCCUAUGAAUGCACUGAAUGUGGAAAAGCCUUCAGUGUCAAAGGGAAGUUAAUCCAACACCAGAGAAUUCACACAGGCGAGAAACCCUAUGAGUGUAAUGAAUGCGGGAAAGCCUUCAGAUGUAACUCCCAAUUUCGGCAGCAUCUGAGAAUUCACACUGGGGAGAAGCCCUAUGAGUGUAAUGAGUGUGGAAAGGCCUUCAGCGUUAAUGGGAAACUAAUGCGGCAUCAGAGAAUUCACACUGGGGAGAAACCUUUUGAAUGUAAUGAGUGUGGGAGAUGCUUUACUUCCAAAAGAAACCUACUUGAUCAUCACCGAAUCCAUACUGGAGAAAAGCCCUAUCAAUGCAAGGAAUGUGGGAAAGCCUUCAGUAUCAAUGCCAAACUAACUAGGCAUCAGAGGAUACAUACUGGGGAGAAACCUUUCAAAUGUAUGGAAUGUGAGAAAGCAUUCAGCUGUAGUUCUAACUAUAUUGUGCACCAGAGAAUCCAUACAGGAGAGAAACCCUUUCAGUGUAAGGAGUGUGGAAAAGCCUUCCAUGUUAAUGCCCAUUUAAUUCGGCAUCAGAGAAGCCACACUGGAGAGAAACCCUUCAGAUGUGUGGAAUGUGGCAAAGGCUUCAGCUUUAGUUCUGACUACAUUAUACAUCAGACAGUCCACACUUGGAAGAAACCCUAUAUGUGUAGUGUGUGUGGGAAAGCAUUCAGGUUUAGCUUCCAGCUCAGUCAGCAUCAGAGUGUCCAUAGUGAAGGAAAAUCCUAAUAAUGAGAAAGAUAUAGAAAACUCUUAAGGUGAAUGCCAAAAUGGGUCAAGUAUCAUCAGAUUCAUCCAUUGAAAAACCUCCAAGAGGGCAUGAAUAUGGCAGAGUCUUCAUACGGAAACAGUUUUUAUUCUAUUCAGUUUUAAUCAGGAAAGGAUGACCAGUUAAAGAGAAACAUCCAAAAAUAAAUAGCUUUGUUUUGUACCAACAGGAAUUAGAAAAUAUAAUGAAAAGAUUUCGUUCCCAGCAGCAUCAAGAAAAGUAGAUUUUCUAGAAAUAAACAGUUAUGGAGGACUCGUAUGGAGAAAUUUAAGUCUUCACUGAGGGCCACUUUACAAAGGAAAUUUGAAUAAAUGGAGAGAGAGAGAAGCCUUGUUGUUGGAUAGGAAAACCCAUACUAAAGAUACUCUACCUACAUUAAUUUAUUUGUUUAAUUUUUGACAACAAGCAUGUAUUACUUUUGAAAAGAUGAAAAAUAAAGAUUUAUUUAAAAAAGGAAAAA